AUGCUCUACGGUCCAGGAGGGGCGAGUGAUCUGCUCUGCUCGCAACUCAAUCCUCUCGUGCAGCGAGCAGGGGCAGAGCAGUCAAGGACCUCACUGCAUCCCAUUGCAGAGAGGAUGGAUAGGGCAGAGAGGGUGUAUAGGGCAGAGAGGGUGAAUAGGGCAGAGAGGGUGGAUAGGGCAGAGAGGGUGGAUAGGGCAGAGAGGGUGGAUAGGGCAGAGAGGGUGGAUACGGCAGAGAGGGUGGAUACGGCAGAGAGGGUGGAUACGGCAGAGAGGGUGGAUACGGCAGAGAGGGUGGAUACGGCAGAGAGGGUGGAUACGGCAGAGAGGGUGGAUAGGGCAGAGAGGGUGGAGAUCGACAAGGGGUUAAUGGAGGUGGUGGGAGGAUUGGGGAGGUGGACACCCUGCGCCCUCAGGGGCGCGGAGGGUUUGGGGGGAGGAACGUGGGGGAGUGGGGGAGGAACGCGGGGAGUGGGGGGAGGAACGCGGGGGAGUGGGGGGAGGAACACGGGGGAGUGGGGGGAGGAAUGCAUGGGAGUGGGGGAGGAACACGGGGGAAUGGGGGGAGGAACGCGGGGGAGUGGGGGGAGGAACAUGGGGGAGUGGGAGAAGGAACGCGGGGGAGUGGGGGGACUCACUUUACUACUUGGUCGCCAAAUCCCCACGAGCUUCGUUUUGGCAGCGCUGACAGUGCUACUAGUGUUCAACUAUGGGGGCAUCUCCCUGCUGGGCAUUGGGGGCGUGUCCAACCCCAAGCCGGCUAUUCAACAGGAUCAACACGAGGCGGCCCAACAAGUUGAACGUCUAUUCAACGAGAUCAAGACGAGGCGGCGCAACAAGUUGAACAUGUUAGAGCGCCUGAACAGGAAUUCCAUCUUCCUCCCCCUAUUCAGCGAGAUCAACGCGAGGCGGUCCAACAAGUUGAACGUGUUAGAGCACAUAAAUAGGAGCCCCAUCUUCAUCGCAGUGCUCUGCUUCUCCGUCACCUUCCAAGCACUCGUCGUGAAGGUCUUCUACCUCCUCUUGGCCUUGGUGGCCAAGUUCAUCCCGGUAUCAGAGGUGCCUCUCUUUGACUGCUUUAAGCUCCUACGCAUGCGCCGCAUGAAGUCCUCGCACCACCUCAUCACCAUCCAGGAGCUGCAGGCCUCCGCCAUCAGUGGUGCCGCUGCUGCCACUGGCACCCGUGCUGCUGCCUCGUCCACCCCUGCUUCCGCUGGGGUGAAGGAUGCAGGGAACGCUGAAACUGCUUCACUAGGAGAGACCGGUGUUGCAUCUCCAGUGGAUGAAGCUGCUUCUACACCAUCUGUAGUUGUAGCAGUCGUAGCAGCAAAAGAUGGAACAGGGGGGGCUUCUAUGCCUGUAACAUCGUCUUCUUGA